UUUCCUCGGAGCCGGCCUUAGAAGCGCCCUGCUCCGGCCGCUGACAGGAGCCGCCGCCGCCGUACAUUGCCCGAUGUUGCAGAGAGCGAUGGGGAGCAGGACCCAAAUUUGCUUCACCUGUGGACCUCCCUCAGGAAUUGGUUUCUACUGAUUUUGCUGUCAGAGUAUAUACAGAAACGGUGCCAGCGCCCAGGAUUAGCCCUUGCCACUGUCGGCACGAUGACCGCCUGAAGACUGUGUUGGAAACCAGCAUUCUCAUGGAUAGAAAAUUGCCAUCUCUGUGGGAAAAGGCCCACUGAAAUCACCCUCCAUGGUUUCUGCUCUCUUUAAGAGCCUGAUCUCUUCCUACAUAUAUAAGAUUUACAAAGGAAUGUUUACAAAGAAAUUGGGCAAUAGUACAAAGAAGAAAGAGAGCUGUCAAAGCAAACACGAACAAGACGUCCCCCAGGUUGGGCACAUAAAGAAUCCCAAGUUCUCAAACACUUUGAAAAGCACGGUCAAAAAGAUCGCCAAGUGCUCCUCUGCCCGUAAUUUGUCCACCGAAGAGGAGGAAAGCAACAAAGAAUUCUCCCUCUCCCCAACCUUCAGCUAUCGGGUGGCAAUUGCAAACGGACUGCAGAAGGGUGUUUUCUUGACAAAUAACAAUGAGGACCCGUUCCAAGAUCUAUCUUCCAACGAGAGCUCGUAUUCAGAGUCCUUAAGCGAAGUCAAGGGCCCGAGUAAGGACCAAGCGUAUUCAUCUAACACGAUGCCGGUGAGACGCAACCGGAAGAGCCUAAAUAGCCUCGCCCCCUCGGAUGGGAGCUCGGACGGUGAGCGCACUUUGCACAGCUUGAAGCUCGGGGCCUUGCGGAAGCUGCGGAAAUGGAAGAAGAGCCAGGAGUGCGUUUCCUCAGACUCCGAGCUCAGCACAUGGAAGAAGACCUGGGGGCUCAGGAGCAAGUCCUUGGACAGAACAGCUCGGGCCCCCAAGUCCAGCGCCCUCGAACCCAGCUUCAGUUCCACAGGCUGCAUCAGCCAGACCCACGAUGUGAUGGAAAUGAUCUUCAAGGAGCUUCAGGGAAUCAGCCAAAUUGAAACCGAGCUCUCUGAGCUGCGGGGGCACGUCAACGCCUUGAAGCAGUCCAUUGACGAGAUCUCCAGCAGUGUGGAAGUCGUGCAGAGCGAGAUCGAGCAGUUGCGGACGGGCUUCGUCCAAUCCAGAAGGGAGACGCGGGACAUCCACGAUUACAUCAAGCAGAUUGGGCACACGGGAAGCAAAGCCAGCCUGAGGUUUCUAAAUGUCCCAGAAGAGAAGUUUGAAAAUGUUGAGCAUGUGGUGUGUAGAACUCUAGUGGAGAAAAUGGGGUUUUCUGAAACCCCCAAUCCUGUCAAGAUAGAAUUUGCCCAGCGGGUGGGGCAGCACAGGAAAUGCCCCAACGCCAAGCCCAGACCCAUUCUUGUGUACUUUGAAACGCCCCAGCAAAGAGAUUUAGUUUUGAAAAAAUCUUACAAGCUCAAAGGAACUGGCAUUGGGGUUUCAACCGAUAUCAUCUCUCACGAGACAAAAGAGAGAAAGGACAGAAGUCUGCCUUCAUCGCAGACGUACGAGAGCAUGGACAUGAAACUGGUGCCUGUUGACCUCAAAACUAAAAGACAUGCCUGGGAAUCCCCUGACAGCAGCGACAGGGAACUGGAAUCGGAUAUAAACCGGAACAGUUAUGCAAAGAUCUCCAAAUCGGCACCCCAAAUGAAAAGAAGUACCACAAAGGCAAGAGAAGAGUCUUCAAAUGGCAGAAUCCCUAAAGGAGCUGCAGAUGGUAACAGUGUCCCAAACAAAAUAAAUCAUAAUGAAGACUCACCAGGGGCUGAGAGUCUGCAGGCAGAGUCCAAGGGCGGCUAUUACUCCAGCAUGACCCCGCUCUGGCAGUCGCAGAAUGACUUUGGAAUGCUUAAGCUCAGCCGUUCAGAAUCUGACUUUACUAAACUCUGCCAGUCCUACUCUGAAGACUUUUCAGAGAAUCAGUACUUCAGCAGAACCAAUGGCAGCUCUCUCUUGUCUUCCUCUGAUCGAGAACUCUGGCAGAGGACACAUGACGACCCAUCCAGUUGGGGGGGUGGUUCACAAGAGCAGACGUUCAAUCAAGGUGGCCCCCCCUACAGGGUUGAGAAUGAUGCGGAGAACACAGAAACAGUUGACAGUGGGCUCAGCAAUGGGAUCAUGUGUGCGUCUGGAGACAGGAGUCAUUACAGCAACUCUCAAGUCUCCUUAGAAGAUGAUCUUUCGCCAUGGAAAGACUGGAAUCAGCUGGAACAGAACACAGACUUGGGGUUAGAUUCAUCAACACAAGAAGUUUUGGCUUAUGACUUGAGUAGCUCUUCUGACCAACAGGUAGACUACGGUCAGGUUUCUGACCUCCAGUAUGACACAGAAAGUUAUGAUUUCGCCCUGGAUAGCAACUCUCCCUCUGGCCCAGGGUUCAAUAACGAAGCUGAGAGCCAGUGGAUUGGCCAGUAUGACGACUACCAGGAGACCAAUGACAACACCCUGUAUCAGAACCAGAACAGGAAGUCCAUGAUGUACCGAAGCCAAAGCGAGCUUCCAAGUGACGACUCUGAGGAAGCACCUCCUAAGUCUUGGCACAGCAGGCUGAGCGUUGACCUUUCAGACAAGACUUUCAGCUUUCCUAAAUUUGGAAACACUCUGCAGCGGGCGAGGUCAGCCUUGGAAGUGGUAUGGAAUAAAAGCACACAGAGUUUGAGUGGGUAUGAGGACAGCGGGUCAUCUUUUAUGGGGAGGUUCCGGACUUUGUCCCAAUCCACUGCUAACGAAUCCAGCACAACCCUGGAUUCGGACGUUUACACGGAGCCUUAUUACUACAAAGCUGAGGAUGAGGAAGACUACAGUGAGCCAGCUGGAGAGAAUGAAACGGAUUAUGUGGAAGUCAUGGAGCAAGUUCUUGCUAAACUGGAGAACAGAACUAGUACCAAUGAAUCGGAGGAACUGGUCCAGGAAUACGAGCCAGAGCAGACUCCGUACGAAAGCCCUUGCGCUGUUUCACAAGAGGAUGACACUCCUGAUGGCUAUUUCGAUGCUGGUGUGGUUGGUGGUGAUAUGAUGGAAUUCACAGAGGAUACAGUUGUUGAAACAGAAGCAGAAGCGCAGGAAGAUGAAAAUCAAAAUGUCCCCGAAGUCCCUGUUCAGAUGCCAGUGAAAAAAACAGUUCGGCCAUCGUUCAAAGAAGCUGCUUUAAGGGCUUACAGGAAGCAGAUGAGUGAGCUGGAGGAGAAGAUCCUUGCGGGAGAUAGCAGUUCUGUGGAUGAAAAGGCUCGCAUAGUCAGCGGAGGGUCUUUGGACGCUUCCAAGCUUGCAAUCCAAGCCUUUGCUGGCCCCAACAGCGCACUGUAUGGAAUUGACAGCAUGCCAGACCUGCGCCGAAAGAAGACGUUCCCCAUCGUCAGAGAUGUGGCCAUGACCCUUGCGACUCGGAAGUCGGGGAUCUCGCUAGCCAUGGUCAUCCGGACAUCAAUCGACAACGAGGAGAUGAAAAUGCACGUCUUCAAAAAAACCCUGCAGGCCCUCAUCUACCCCAUGUCCUCCACCACACCGCACUACUUUGAAGUGUGGACGGCCACCGCCCCCACCUACUGCUACGAGUGCGAGGGUCUCCUCUGGGGCAUCGCCCGGCAGGGAAUGAGGUGCACAGAGUGUGGGGUCAAGUGCCAUGAGAAGUGCCAGGAUCUCCUCAACGCGGACUGUUUGCAGAGGGCAGCGGAGAAGAGUUCAAAGCACGGUGCUGAGGAUAAGACCCAGAAUAUUAUUACAGCAAUGAAGGAGCAAAUGAAGAUCAGGGAGCGAAACAGGCCAGAAGUUUUUGAACUGAUCCAGGAAAUGUUCCAGAUCGCCAAGGAGGACUUUGUACAGCACACCAAGGCAGCCAAACAGAGUGUCCUGGAUGGGACAUCGAAGUGGUCAGCAAAGAUCACCAUCACGGUGGUCUGUGCUCAGGGCUUGCAGGCCAAGGAUAAAACUGGCUCUAGUGACCCGUACGUCACGGUGCAAGUGGGCAAGACCAAAAGGAGGACCAAAACCAUAUUUGGGAACCUGAAUCCAACAUGGGACGAGAAGUUCUAUUUCGAAUGCCACAACUCGACAGACAGAAUAAAAGUCAGGGUCUGGGAUGAGGAUGACGACAUCAAAUCUCGGGUGAAGCAGCACUUCAAAAAGGAAUCAGAUGACUUCUUGGGGCAAACCAUUAUUGAAGUGAGAACCCUCAGCGGAGAAAUGGACGUUUGGUACAACCUUGACAAGCGAACCGAUAAAUCUGCAGUGUCUGGAGCCAUUCGGUUGAAGCUCAACGUUGAGAUAAAAGGAGAGGAGAAGGUAGCCCCUUAUCAUGUGCAAUACACCUGCUUACAUGAGAACCUCUUCCAUUACUUGACUGAGGUGAAGUCAAGCGGGGCUGUGCAGAUCCCUGCAGUCAAAGGAGACGAGGCCUGGAAGGUCUACUUUGAGGAAGCCGCCCAAGAGAUCGUUGACGAGUUUGCAAUGCGCUAUGGCAUCGAAUACAUCUACCAAGCGAUGACGCAUUUCUCCUGCCUGUCUUCCAAGUACAUGUGUCCCGGUGUCCCGGCAGUCAUGAGCACUCUGCUGGCCAACAUUAAUGCCUUCUACGCUCACACCACGGCCACAACCAACGUCUCUGCCUCGGACCGAUUUGCUGCCACUAACUUUGGGAGAGAAAAGUUCAUUAAACUGCUGGAUCAGCUGCACAAUUCAUUGAGGAUUGACCUCUCCAAAUAUAGGGAUAAUUUCCCUGCCACCAGCCCUGAGAGACUUCAAGACCUGAAAUCAACCGUGGAUCUGCUAACAAGCAUCGCAUUUUUCCGCAUGAAGGUCCUGGAACUGCAGAGUCCGCCCCGAGCCAGCGCCGUUGUGAAGGACUGCGUCCGAGCCUGCUUGGAUUCCACGUACAAAUACAUUUUUGACAACUGCUAUGAGCUUUACUCUCAGCUAAUGGACCAGGGUAAAAAGCAAGAUAUUCCUCGGGAGGAACAGGGUCCAACUACUAAGAAUCUGGAUUUUUGGACGCAGCUCAUUACCCUCAUGGUUACCAUCAUUGAUGAAGACAAGAUGGCCUACACUCCUGUCUUGAACCAGUUCCCUCAAGAGCUGAACAUGGGCAAAGUCAGUUCGGAGAUCAUAUGGACCCUUUUUGCGCAGGACAUGAAAUACGCCUUGGAAGAGCAUGAAAAGCAACGGUUAUGCAAGAGCACAGAUUAUAUGAAUUUGCACUUCAAAGUGAAAUGGUUUUAUAAUGAAUAUGUGCGCGAACUCCCCUCGUUCAGAGAUGCAGCGCCUGAAUACUCUCUGUGGUUUGAGCCUUUUGUCAUGCAGUGGCUGGAUGAGAACGAGGACGUCUCCAUGGAGUUUCUUCACGGUGCACUUGGAAGAGACAAGAAGGACGGGUUCCAGCGAACAUCGGACCAUGCCCUUUUCUCCUGCUCAGUGGUGGACGUCUUCACGCAGCUCAACCAGAGUUUUGAGAUCAUAAAGAAGCUGGAGUGCCCUAAUCCUGAAGCUCUCUCUCAUCUCAUGAGAAGGUUUUCUAAGACGAUCCAUAAAGUGCUUGUUCAGUAUGCUGCAAUUAUUACAAAUGAUUUCAGCUCUUAUUGCGAUAAAGAAAAUUUGCCCUGUAUCUUGAUGAACAACAUCCAGCAACUGCGAGUUCUGCUCGAGAAGAUGUUUGAAGCCAUGGGGGGCAAAGAGCUGGACCCGGAGGCCAGCGAGGCCCUGAAAGAGCUGCAGGCCAAGCUCAGUGGCGUCCUGGAUGAGCUCAGCGUGACCUACGGCGCCAGCUUCCAGCCUGUCAUUGAGGAGUGUGUGCGGCAGAUGAGCUUGGAGCUGAACCAGAUGAAAGGAGACAAAGCUGCUGCUUCCAACAAGAACAGCAACACUGUGGAUGCAGAGAUUGUGCUGCGGCCCCUGAUGGACUUCCUGGACAAAACCUUAAGCCUAUCGGCAAAAAUCUGCGAGAAGACCGUUCUGAAGCGUGUUUUGAAAGAGCUCUGGAAACUGGUCCUGAACCGGAUAGAAAAGCAGAUUGUGCUCCCACCACUGACAGACCAAACUGGCCCCCCGAUGAUUCUCAGUGCAGCCAAAGACUUUGGCCAGUUGUCUAAACUAAAGGACCACGUCAUCCGAGAAGAAACCAAAAGCCUGACACUGAGACAGUGCGCAAUAAUGGAUGUGGUGCUGGCAACAAUUAAGCAAUACUUCCACGCUGGAGGAAAUGGGCUGAAAAAGAAUUACCUGGAGAAGAGUCCCGAGAUGCAGUCCCUCAAGUACGCCCUCAACCUUUACACCCAGACGACAGAUGUCCUGAUCAAGAAGUUCAUUGACACCCAGACCUCACAAAGUCAGGCGAGCAACAACACAGUGGGGGAGAUCCAUCUCCAAGUGGACCUCACAACAAACCCGGGAACCGGAGAGCAUAAAGUCACCGUCAGAGUUGUCGCCAUUAAUAACCUCAACUGGCAAACCAGUGCUAUGUUCCGGCCCUUUGUGGAGGUUUGCAUCUUGGGGCCCAGCCUCAGCGACAAGAAACGGAAGCACGGGACGAAGACCAAGAGCAACACCUGGUCUCCCAAAUACAACGAGACGUUCCAGUUCCUCCUGAGCAGCGAAGAAAGGCCCGGGGCCUAUGAGCUUCACCUCUCUGUGAAGGAUUACUGCUUUGCCAGGGAGGACCGGGUCAUCGGCAUGGCUGUCAUACAGCUGCGGAGCCUGGCAGAGAAGGGCAGCUGCGCCGCCUGGCACCCCCUGCUGAGGAACAUCUGCAUGGAUGAGACCGGGCUGACGAUCCUGCGGAUCCUUUCCCAGAGGACCAAUGACGAUGUGGCAAAAGAAUUUGUCCGGCUCAAAUCGGAAACACGGUCCGUCGAAGAAACGGCCUGAAAGCUCCUCGCGAGUAGAUGCAACAUGUCUGCGCCAAGACCCUCGACCCAGUGUUACCGACAUCCGAAUCAUGCAUGUGUGUGCAACUCUGUGGGAAUGUUUAACUAACUCUGUUUCCGUGUUUGCCAGAACAUAAAAGUACUAUAUUUGCCAGGUUAUGUCCAAGAGCUGUCGACCUUUUCUACAUGUUUGGGUCUUUGGGGGAAAUAAGUAAUUGUUUCAAUGAAGUGCCAAAACUGCAAUGAAAAGCAAAUGCUUGAUGGCAUCCUUUGAAACGUUGAUUUUGUCUCAUUCCCAGUCUCUCCUCUCGUAAGCUUUUCCCCAUAACAUGUUAGACUUUUGGGUUGAGUCAUCUGUUAGCUGUCUCUGUUCAACUACCAUGUGGCCUCUCCAGCGUCCCCCGUCCCCCCCACGUUUGGGCUAAUUGCCUGCUUCCAUUUUAUGCAAACUCCGUUUUCAGUCUCACUUCCCAGGAUCUUUUUCUAUCAUAACUUAACAGAUGCAGUUACUUCAAGAAAGGGUUUGUAAUUUUAUAAUUGCUGAUAACAAAAGAAAUGAUUUUUUGCAUACAGACUUUAAAAAAAACAAAAAGUGGAAAUGUUUUAUGCUGACCUUUUUUUCCAACCUUUCAUAUUUAUCACUGUGAAGAAAUGCUGUCCAAGCAACAUCCGCAAGAAGCUUAACUCCGUUUGUUACUGAUGUUUGAUAACUUGAGAUAACUUUGUUCUCUCAAACUGCCAUGGUAACAUCAUCUUUGUAACGCAAGGGUAGUCCCAUCACCCCAGUCUGGUGAUUUGCCACUGGCACAGGCAGGGCCCCCAUGGGACCCCUGGAAAUGCAUGCUUCUCCCCCCCCCCAGCUCACUUCCAUGGGUGGAGGGUUCUGUGGGAGCACUUGGGCCCUUGCCCCCCUCCUUCUCCGUUGAAGUGGAAGGGAAGAACCCUCAGGGCUUGCUUCAGGAAGAGGAGGAGGAGGCAUGGAGGGGGCUCUCAAGUAAGUGAGGGGGUGUGGGGUGCUGGCAAAAGAGGCAGGCCCUUGCCUUCCUUGGCUCAGGGCGCCUGGGAUGUGCUCCAUUAGUGGUGGGUGAAGGGCUGCUUCCUAGUAGCCCACACAGGAGCCGUUCCCCGUGGAUAGUGUUCGAUGCAGCGUGUGUGUGUGAGAGUGUGUGUGUGUGUGUGCAUGUGCGUAUGUGUGAGAGACCUUUACAGAGUUUUGUCGUGUGAAAUGCUGCCGGACUAUACAGGGUUAACGAGAUGGAAGAUGCUGCUCAGUGGUUUCCAUCUAGAGAUCCUUCAUGAAAAGCAAUUUUGCUGUUAACAUUUUUCACUCUGACCAUUACAGAUAUUCUUUUACAUACUUAGCUGAAGUCGCAGUUAAGUGCUUUUCUUCUUAUUUUUAUUUUCAUAGAAGUUCAAAGGUUUCUACUUAUGCAACAUGACUAUGUUCUGCACUGAGGCAAAAAUCCAUGUGCUGUAAAUAUAUUUCGUGAGAAAUUGUACAAUAAAGCAAGAAGA